AAUUUUCUUGAGUUCUUCCCUCCUCAUGCGCCAAAUGCUAACGAAAGAGCUAACAGCUGAACUGCUAAACUUUAAGUAGCACAUUUGUGUUGUUAUGUUUAAAUAUAAAACCAAUCAGUUUAGAGAUUAGUGAAUUCAUGUGAUGUACCAAAAUGCGACUCCGAACAUCUUGGCUAACUCGACCUUUAAUUUACGCACGUUUUAUAAACUGUUACCUGAAGCACUCAAAGAAAACUCACAGCAUAAUUUUCGCCUAUUCUUACAGUUCACGGGGAGACAACAGACUAUCCAAGGUACCCCAAGUUCCCACGUGGGAACCCGUUUUGGAGGGCCAGCUGCCACCCCCUUCUACUGUCCCACUUGAUCUUGUGGACAAACUGGAGAGACUGGCCUUGGUUGAUUUCCGAACUAAACAGGGACUGUCCUGUUUAGAGAAAGCUAUUAGAUUUGCUGACCAGCUUCAUGUUGUAGACACAUCAGGAGUUGAGCCUAUGUAUUCUGUUCAGGAAGACAGGGUAUUAUUUUUGAGAAGUGAUGUGGUAACAGAGGGUAACUCUGCUGACAAGCUGCUUGAGCUUUCCAAAAACACAAUAGAGGAGUAUUUUGUAGCACCCCCUGGAAACAUUCCUUUACCAAAAAGAGAGGAGAGGGCUGCCAUUCUCAAAGACUCUGAAUUCUAAUUAUUUAUUUGUAACAAACUAUACAUGUGAAUAAAACUGUACAUUAGUUAA